CCACCCACAAUACAAUCAGACCUCGAACUUGAACGUCGUGUGUUUUCAGUGCGCCGAGUGAAAAAUGUAAAUAAAAACAACAACAUUUUUGUGACAACUUUCAGUGCGGGUGAAAAAUCGAUAGCCCCGCGACGUUCGUUGCGUCGGAAUGUCCUCGGAGCAGGCGAGUGUUUACGAGCUGGUGGGUGCGUUGGUGCACGCAAUUGGCCGCGAUGUUCCGGAUCGUGCCGCGAAGCGGGCCAAAUCGGUGGCAUUUGGGAUACUGCUGGGGAAGUGGUUCGCUCCGGGGAGGGCGGAUGGCGGAGUGGCGGCACGGUUGAUUGAGGAGGAACCGCUGGAGAUGCUGCACUGCCAGCUGUUUGAGAUGGAGAUGAAGGCGCGGUACCAGUUUCAGCGGAGACGGUGUGACCGGUUCCGGAGGUUGUUGGAUGAGGUGGGGUUGGAGCGGGGUGGGGGUUUGGAGGGGAAGGAGAGGGAAGUUUUGCAGUUUUUGCUGCUGUUGAGGAAUUCGAUUCCGGACGGGAGCGAUUUGAAGGAGGGGGAGUUUCUGGUGGGGGAUUUGAUGCCGUCGGCGCAGUUGGGACCGUAUCCGGUGUUCCGGCCGGAGGAUUUUCAGCCGGAUGCUAGGAAGUUGAACCAGUAUGGGAAAAUGCAGGCUGGGAAUCCGUACUGUCCGAAGUCAUCGGCGAAUGUCUUUUCGGAGAGCCUUUCCAGCAUGUUGGCUAUUACGGAUGGUCCGAGAAAGGUCAACAAGACGCUUCCGGUGGUGGAGAGCACCUACUUUAGUGAUCCGAUGGCCGAGCUGGUCAGCUAUCAGGGUCCGUUCCGGUACAAUAUGAUGAAGGGCGGCGCCGUGGAUGAGGACGAGCAGCUGCUGACCAGUUUCGAGAUCAUUCCCGGGGACAACUCCGGACAGCAGGAAGUGGCCUUGGCCAAACCACGCGACCAGAUCUUCAAUUUUAAUUGGGAGAAUCUCGGAAACCGGUUCGUCCCGGUGCAGUGUCCGUUCGCGUCGGAAUGCAACUCAACGCUUCAGCUGGAAACGCUGAAAUCUUCCCGCCGAUCUCGCGUCGACCUGCUCGACAUUCGACUGGUCCGGAACGACGACUUCCUCGAGGACGUCAAGCUACUUCUGACAGGAAUCAGUUCCCGGUGCUUCCACUACGACGACUCGAAUCGCUUUCUCAUGAAUGCCAACUUCACCGUCGACGGAGUGUCCCCCCGGACGAUGGGCGCCCUCGUGGACCAGUGCCUCGAGCUGGGAACCUGCUUCAAGCGGCUCCAGAAGAUGACCAAGAAGAACCCGUACAAUCACGCCAUGAUCUUGGAGGGCUUCGUGUUCAAGGCGUUUUGCGACUGCGUCGAACGCAUCCUCAGCUGCUUCCGGAUUGUGGUCCACAGCUACUCCGGACGCUCGCUGCUGCAGCUGCAGCGCAAGGUGGAACCACUCAAGAAGCAGAUCCUGGCGCUGGCCAAAUUCUGCGGAAUUCAUCCGAGACACGAAACCGACUACGACUUCCCGAUCGGCUCCGUCUUCCUGGAUCACCUCUACAAGGAGCUCAUCCACAUCACCGACACGGACGUCUCAACCUUCCUGCUGCACAUCCUGAAGCACUGCUGCCACGCGUACUUCCUGCUCUUCCAGCAGUGGCUCUUUGCCGGACAGCUGCACGAUCCCAGCGGGGAGUUGUUCAUCUACUUUGUGAACCAUUAUCGGCCCAAGACAAAGCACUUUUUCGACAAGGCGUUCCUGAUUCGGAGACAGGCGGUUCCCGGGUUUUUGAAGGGGUACGAGGAGGACAUUCUGCUGUGUGGGAAGUACACGAUGCUGCUGAAGGCGUUCCGACCGACGCACCCCAUCUUCACGCUGAAAUUCCCCAAACUGGAAGUGUGCCUGUCGUACCGCUCGAUCAACGCGCUCAAGCUCCGCUGGCUGCAGUACGUGGCCCGGGCACGGGACAUUUGCGGCGCGUCCGUAUCGGUGCGGGCCCUGUACGAGCAGAAGGAACGCGAACGGCAGGAGUUCUUCCGGCUGGUGGAGGAAAACUUUCGCCGCAGCAUGGACCAGUGGCGCCAGGAUCAGGACGUGGAGGCCGCUGAACUGCGCCGCAAGAGGGAACGUCAGGCGGAGGAAUUGCGCGAUCAGUUGAUUGAGAUCCGGGAGGGCAAGCAGGCGGCGAAGAGGGCGGAACUGGAGUUGGAGGAGAAGUAUCGGCAUGAGGGGUUGGUCUUUGAGAACCGGCGGAUGAUGGCGGAGAAUUUGGAGCGGGAAAAGACGGUUGAAAGUUAUCGGGAGCUGAACCGGAUGAUGGACGAGAGGAAGGUGAAAGCGGAAGCCGAGGUGGACCGGUUGAAGGUUCAGCUGAGGGGUGAUGGCGGCGACAGCAGCGAGAACGACUUUGAGUCGUGCGUUGGAAGUGCCACGGAAGAUGAGGGGGCGUCAAUCUACGAGGACGCCGAAAAGAGUCCCCAAAAGCAGGACGCGCUGGCAGCUUCCAGCGACGACGAAGCGGAAAAGACAAUCGUCGAGACUCCAACCGACGUUGCAAACUCAAACCAAGCAGAAGUCGUAACUGACAUUGAGCGAAACAAGCAACGCAUGCUUGGAUCGAACACAGGGGAUUACUACGGCGAGGAAGAUCACGCGAAUGCCAACGUGGAAGCGAUCAUGGAAACGGCUUCGGCCGGAAUUCGCCAGCUUACGGAGGCCCAGCGGAACAAGUUGAAGGCCAUGUCGCACGAGUGCAACAUUGACGGGAUCGGGCAGGACACGAAGGUGGUGGCGGCGAAGGUUGUGGAUGUGAACAGUAAUCAGACGACGGCGUCGGCGGAUGACGAAAGACUCCGGAACCGGCAGCGGAUCUUGAUCAGUGAUUAUACGAGCAGGGGGAAGGAGGAGGAAGAGCUGACUGCGGGGCUGGAUGGAGAGCCGAAGGAGCUGACCGACUUGGAGCGGAACCGGAUGAAGAUAAUGAGCCAGGAGUACAACGUGAUCGUGGAUGAUCAUGAUCAUGGUAAAAAAGGUUCCAAAAAGCCGGAAAUGUUCCUCAACCUGGACUCGGACCGCGCCCGGAAUCGUCGUCGAAUUCUCGAGUGCGAGUACAACAUCGUGACGGGGGCGCAGAACUUCACGGCGGACACUCCGAUGUCGGUGGACAGUGACACGGUGAGCGAGGACAUCCAGCUGCCGAUAAUUGCGCUCAACGACGUCCCGCAGGACAUUAACGCGAAUCCGAUCGAGGGCGGCAAGCUGCGGUUGGACACGGUGGCCGCCCAGGACAAGUUCAACGAGAGUCGGUUUGGGGUUCCGGAUACGGCACUGUUGGCGCAGGAGACGCCGGACAGUGGGUUGAAUUCGGCCGGCAAGAAUGCCAAGGAGGGUUUUGAGUUUCCGUCGGUGGGGGUGAGGAAGAGUUGUUCGGUGCUGGAGCUGGAAUCGGACGAGGAUCAGCUGGAGGAUGAAAUCUAUCGGGAGUUUUUGGCGGCGAUGAAGAAGCGGGAUCUGAAUCUGUGUGAGUUGGCAGGAGGAGGUGGAGGGGUGGAGUUGAGUGGCAGUAUUUCGGAACUUCGAGAGCUUGAUGGUGAGUUGCGCAGCGUUGACGUGCUGACCGUGACGAGGUUUCUGCAGAGUUCGUUGGUUAUUCCGUUGAAGGCUCACAUGGAGAUCGUCAACAGUGAGAUCAUGAAGAUGUGCUUGAACGAUCUGGACAUUCUUGGACACUUUGAAAGCUUGAGGAACUACUUCCUGUUGAUGGACGGCGAGUUCUCCUGUUACGUCUGUGACAAUGUCUUCAUGCUACUAGAAGAGGUUCAAUCUCCAGAUGAACUUCUAAACUACCAAACCCUGCACACGAUCCUCGACUCGGCGCUCUGCUCCAGCGCCGCCGGCGCGGACAAGAACGCUGAUCGCCUCUCCUUCAACGUGGAACAAAUCCCGGAACGGUUCGACCUCUACCACCCGAACGUCGUAAGCAUGCUGAACCUGAGCUAUCGCGUAGAAUGGCCCCUAAACCUAAUCCUGAACCCGGAAACGAUCGAGCAGUACACGAACGUGUUCAAAUAUCUGGUCAAAGUGCGCCGCGUCAGCUUCGUCCUGGGCAAGUCCUUUCAGCUGUUGAAGGAGUGCCACAAGCAGUACGGCAAGAGGAUCCUCGGAUCGCCCCAGUACAGCCGGGUGCAGCUGAUUUGUCACAAGUUGUCGCACCUGGUGAACGCGCUCAAGAAUUACAUCACGAGCAGUGCGUUGCUGGCGUCGUGGGACGCGUUCCGGAAGGAUUUAGAGAGCGCAGAGUCGAUGGAGGAUUUGUACCGGAAGCACACGAACUACAUCAAGCGGAUACUGUUUCUGUGCUUGUUGAACAAGCGCAGCGUGGAGUUUUACAACAAUAUGGAGGAGAUUUUUAAGGUCGUGCUCCGCUUCUACAAGCAUCUCAAGUCCAAGCCGUGGCGUCCGGCGGACAAGGCCCUCGCGAACGCCCCGUACGUGCACCCGCGCUACGAUCAGAUCCUGCAGGACGAAAACGACUUUGAGAAGCUGAUCAAGUACACGAUCUAUCUGGGGAACAAAAUGUACGACUACGGCUACCAGAAGGAAAUUCACGAAUUUAUCGACGUGAUCAACAUCAACGGAUAUUACAGUGGCAGCAGCGCCGUUGAUAAGGACGGGACCAAGUAGAUUCCGUACUAGACGAUGGGUUAAACCCUCCUCGCCCUCUUCAAAAGAGCUUCCUGUUGAUUAGAGAAAUGUAAGGUAAGUGUGGUCAUCGUAAUUGUGCUCUCUCAUAAAUUGGUUGGUUGUUAGAUUGAUAAGAAGAUUGGGCUUUAAUCCCACCCCGCGAUAGAUAGAACUAACACUGUGUUGAGUGGGCGAUUAAACUACCUGUUACUAUGUAUCGACCACUCGAAAAUCGCUCGCUCUAUCUCUGUCUUACACACGUCCUAAAGCACACAAAACAAAAUGUUGCAUGAAAUCUCCACCUAAGUCUAUACAAAACUAUCACCUAAUUGUUAUUAUUACUAUAUAU